ACCAACGCUCGGCGUCAUUGUUCCAAAUCGGCCAAGUGAAGUAUCCGACGAGAAAUCCUCUCGAGGAUAUCUCCUGAGUGUUUCACCCUCAUCUUUGGUCCCGGCUUCAGUAUGACCAUUGGCUGAAUUCUGGCAGAAAGGUGUCAGCUUGCCGCCACCAAGGCGUUAUUUGCACAAUGCUGACAGCUUGUGCUGUCCAUUUGGCGGCAGCCUUGCUAAGAAGAGAAGAAGGAGUGACCAUUUAAAGCCACAGGGAAUGCGGAUAUGCGUGGUCGGACAUCUUCAUCAAUGUUUCGCUUGCGUAUGCGUACAUGUGUCGAGCGUAUGAUACUCAGCCGACGAACACUUGCUAUCCGCUAUCGAUCGCAGAGGCGGCGUGCGGGUGUGCGGCAGGACAACGCGGGUCGUCGACGAGCCCGGUCGAGGUAGCGGUUCGAGCGCCAGACGACGUCGUCGCCACACUGCUUCAGAUGAGCAAAACCGACUACUACUCAGAGGAGAAGACCUUCAGCGCUCCUGUCAAGGGCAGGAAUCCGCCGAUCUCACAGACGAAGUUAAAUGCAAGAGGGUUGAAGGAUUUGGAUGAUCAUGAUAUCGAUGGUUUGCUUUCCAACCUAAGCAUAGAUGAGCUUGAAGACCUCAACAAUGACUUCGAUCCUGAUAAUUCGAUGUUGCCACCAUCACAGCGCUGCAAAGAUCAAACCACAAAAACUCCUACAGGACCAUUCAAACGAGAUCAUCUGCUAAAAUAUCUUGAAGACCAAGCGAAGAGUGAAAAAGACUGGGAAGAUGUUGUACCGUUCUCUCCUGGAAUUAAAAGAGGCAAAGUUUGGGAAGGAGAUAGCGGACGUAACUCUGCGGAAGGUGAUACCCGAGAUUCGGGUGUCGCUGGCAUGGAAAUGCCGAUCGAGUUAGACUUGGAUGAUGAAGAAGAAGAAUAUGAAGCAGCCCUUGAUCACGCACCUGAACGAGACCUCGUAGAUUUAGCAGGAAUUCUUGGCAUGCACAAUAUAUUGAACCAGCCACAAUAUUAUAAUGCACUGAAAGGAAGAGGCCAGGAUGACUCGACGGGUACUACUUUUGCGGGUAUUAUCCGAGCCUAUGAGCCAAAAGAAAUGCCAGAUGAACCGGAUAACGAAACAGAUGUUGAUGAAUGCAUCAAGCGCUUAGAAGAAGAUGAUGAGGACAUGAGGGAAGUAAAUAUUAACAAUAUGAAGCGGGUGUCAAAGGAAAGGAUAAGGAAGUUAAUAAGUGCUGCUUGUGCCAGUAAACAUAUAAACAAGUUGAGUAUGGCUAACACUGCAAUUUCGGAUAGCGAAGCUCGGGGGCUGAUAGAGCUUCUCGAGACUUCACCUUCUCUGAAAGUUCUAAAUAUUGAAUCAAAUUUCAUCACCCCGGAGUUGCUUGCAAAGCUUCUUCGAGCUACCCUCGUUACCCAAUGCUUGACAGAGUUCCGUGCAGAAAACCAGCGCCAGGCGGUGUUGGGAAAUCAGAUUGAAAUGGAUAUGAUGUUAUCGGUUGAAGAGAAUCAGUCACUCCUCCGAGUUGGUGUCGCAUUCCAGUCUAUGGAAGCGCGUCACAGAGUGUCAGAAGCUUUGGAAAAGAAUUAUGAACGAUUGAGGUUACGGCAAUUGUAUUUCAAUGGACAAGUUUGUUGA